GUGCGGAGAAGUGGGUUGACGUUACCUGGAUGUCCUUCCUGGCCUCGCAGUACAGGGUGAACAUCAUGGUGCUGGAGCCAAGCGCUAAGCACGGCACAGUCCAGGCGUACUCAGGAAACAACACGGCANUGACGGUUAGGUGGUUUUACGAUCUAGCCUGGCAAAGUGCGGAGAAGUGGGUUGACGUUACCUGGAUGUCCUUCCUGGCCUCGCAGUACAGGGUGAACAUCAUGGUGCUGGAGCCAAGCGCUAAGCACGGCACAGUCCAGGCGUACUCAGGAAACAACACGGCAGGCAUGUUCUUGUUCGAGGAAGAAGGCGUGGAGGCGGGAGGGUCCUCAAUGGUAGGCGGAGACGAGGAGGACCAUCCCGAGUUCAGCAUGGGACCUCUCCCCCGAAGCAGCAAGAGCAGUAGCAGCAGCAGCGGGAAGGAGGGGAGAAAGGCUGGAGCGGGAAAGGAAAAGAAGGGGAAGAUCGGGCCGAAGGCCGUGGUGAAGCGACCUACCGCGGGGCAGACAGCGGACAACAAGAAGCUCAAGGGGAGGGAUGCAUCAGGGAAGCACACGGCCGGGGUUGCGCCAGGGGAUGGGAGAGGUGCUAACAAAAAAAAGGCAAAACUACACCGACCGGUGGGAGGAAAUCCUCGAAGGCCAACGGCAAAGACGACAAUGCCAACUAUGAUCCCGACGGCAGCAUCGGGGGGGGGGGACGUAGACCACAAGCAAACCCCGGGCGCCUUCGCUACCAUGUCGCAGAACCGGAAGAAGCUGGUCACGGCCAUGAACAAGAUUCCGGAGCGGGGUUACAAGCGGGCGUUCUGGCUGACCACCAAGAGAAGGGCGCUGGGUAUGAAGCUCAAGAAGAUCGCCGACGAGGAGAAGGCGAGGCUCAAGAAGGCGGAUGAGAGAAAAAAAAAAACAGCAUCGACCACGCGAGGAGGUGGAGGAGGAGGAGCGGCGGGAGAGGGAGGAGCUAGAGGAGCAGCAGCAGCAGCAGGAGGAGGAGGAGGACGAGGACGAGGACGAGGAGGACGAGGAGGUCGUGUGGACGGACCGCGGCAUUCCUGA